AUGGUGUAUAAAUGUGACCACACCAGCAACAUGGUGUAUAAAUGUGGCCACAUCAGCAACAUGGUGUAUAAAUGUGAUCACACCAGCAACAUCGUGUAUAAAUGUGAUCACAUCAACAACAUGGUGUAUAAAUGUGAUCACACCAGCAACAUGGUGUAUAAAUGUGGCCACAUCAGCAACAUGGUGUAUAAAUGUGAUCACACCACCAACAUGGUGUAUAAAUGUGAUCACAUCAACAACAUGGUGUAUAAAUGUGACCACAUCAACAACAUGGUGUAUAAAUGUGACCACAUCAGCAACAUGGUGUAUAAAUGUGACCACAUCAACAACAUGUUCAGCCGUGACAAGGUCAUGGACGUGGAGUCCUGUCCUGGGAGAAAGCUGGUUCUGGCCGCUGAUGGCUCCAGCGGACAGUCGGCUCGACUCUUGGGUCUCAAAGUGAACUCCAUCCCUCUCUCGGAGCGGCGGGUCCACGGCCUCUUGUUUGACCUCUCGGCUUACGGGGUAGACCUGGUCGACACGGACACAUCUACAGGUUUCAGCUUGAAGUUGUUCGGCAGCAGCAGACACCGCUACAUGAGCCUGGCUGUCCCCAAGACAGACUCCAGCCUGGUCAGACACAUGAGGCUCGUCCUGGACCGAUCUAUGAUGCGCAACAUUUUUGUCAAGUGUUUCAACGCCUGCAAGUGGCCCGUGGAGGCACAACUGGAGGAUGCCUGGGCGUGGAAACAUCUCCAGUUCAGUCCUCGUCUGUUCGACAUCAAGUUGUUCCAGCGCCUGGAAACUGUAGCCUACUUCCAGGACUCCAACAUGUUUGUGAUGGCGGAGGGCGAGGCGGCCCGCUGCUGCAACUUUCACACAGGUCUUGAUGUCAACAUGGCCAUAGCUGGUCUAUCCACACUGGCAGCAACCAUUAGGCUGGCAGCAUGUGCCCUCACCGACUUCGACAUCACCAACGUGAUGGUGAUCAAGUCGCAACAUUCCCAGAGUCUAGCCAAACAGUUCCUCAAAACAGGACUCAAACAUGACAUGUUCUCCCAUCAUUACUGA